AUGAGCCUGUCGCCCGAGCUGCACAUUGCGCUCCAGCGCAUAACCGCUUGCAACAAAAGCGAGCGCUUGGUGAUGGUGGUACGUGACGACCUGGUCAAGAGUUUGCAAGCGGGACAGACCGCAGUGGCUUAUGCCCACGAAGCGUGGAUGCAGCUUGAGCAAUUGGGUGCGGACGUGAUGUCCAUCGGAAGGUUAGUCGGUUUCGUUGACAGGGACAAGUUGCACAAGGCUUUCAAGGACUCCAAGCUGCUGAUGCGUGACAGAGUGGUGUGGCAAGCUAUGGGUCGUUUCCGCACGAUGCUGGAUACGCAAGUCAUCAUGGACUACCUGGCGGUGAUCGUCAACAGCGACAACACACGGCUGAGUCAAUUACGGAAUGCCUACUACAAGGUACAAUCUGAUGUCGUUGCUGAGGUGAUGGCCAACUACUAUAGCUGGGAGAAGUUCGCCAGGAAUGUGUGCGGCAAUGUUGAAGAUGACGACAUGCAGCUCGUCCUCAUGAGCCUAGGCCGUCUGGUGGAUCUCAGCGAGCAGAAUUUCUACCCGAGCUUGAUGGAAGUGCCCUGCAUCGUCAACGAUGCUCUUUCGAAGACAAGGCCAGAAUCCCAAGCGCAGUUGCCAGGCGGCACGACCCACAACAUUCCAAAGAUGACGUCUGAUGCCACGGCCCUCCGGGCGUCCUUAGUCCUGUGUACGUGCUAUGCAUUCCUCGGCAAGGACGGUGUUGCGGACUUUGGGAUGGUUGAUCAGGUCAUUCGUGACCAAUGCGAGUCGAAGAAAGACAUGCUGCCGCUGAGCAUUGAGGCUUUUCUCGCCAAGCUGCACACGACACAUUCGCACUUGCAGAAGGCAGUCCUCACAGAGUUGACAUGCUCAGAAAAUGUUUGGAAACGUACCCUGACGAGGAUCGCCCAGCUUCUGCGCAAACCGAAUAGUUGA